AUGCCGCGAUACUCAAUUGAUUACUCGACAAGGCUAGGGCGUGGUACCGGUGGAACGGUGAGAGGGGGGAUAAAUCUUGACACUAUGGAGAAGGUUGCCAUCAAAGAGAUGGUAGAGCAUCUAAAUCUACACGAGGAAACGAAGCUGGUCUAUGGUCUUCUACAAGAAUGUCAACAUGAAAACAUCGUCAAGCUUUUGGACGUGGGCUCGAUUGGAGGUAAAACGUACAUGGUGUUUGAGCACAUGUUUGGGGAUCUCUACAAGUUCAAGAAGAGAUUGGGCAUGCUUAUGAAGAGAACCCUCAACAGGGAGGAGAUCAAGACGAUCAUCGAGCAGAUCCUUCAAGCCCUGGCCUACAUGCACGAGCAUGGCAUCGUUCAUCAGGAUAUCAAGACCGCCAACGUCCUGAUCAACAAGGAGGGCACCAAGGUGAAGCUGUGCGACUUUGAUCACGCGAGAAGGGUCACGACGCCCCCAAGAGACCCAGAAACGAUUGGAACGCUGGCCUACAACGCGCCGGAGAUCAUCCUGGGCGACACCCAAGAGCUGGGAAGUGGCGUGGACGUGUGGGGCGCUGGAGUGAUCCUCGCGGAGCUGGUUCUAGGGUACAACCCUUUCAGCGUUGUACGCGAGAGCCACGCCGCCAGAGAGCUUUACAGGGUGGUGGAGGAGAUCAAGGAGAGGCUCCACAGGGAGAUUGGCGACGAAGAUAUUCUUGAGCUGCUGGACAACAUGCUGGUUUGGGAGCCGGAGGAGAGAUGGAGUGCCGAGAGAGCUCUUUCUUCCAGUUUCUUUGAGGAUGGGACUCGCCAAAUCUCCCACCCAUUCCAUCCAAAAAAAAUGCAGGUCUCUUUCCGGAAGCUCUUCAAGUAUGCCGAUGGCCUCGAUUGCUUGCUCAUGGCAACCGGAAGCUUGGCAGCCAUCGCGCACGGCCUCGUUCUUCCGAUCAACAUGUACUACUUUGGCCGGAUCGUCAAUGCUCUCGCCACAAAUCAGAGUGACAGGGAUGCGGCGGGAUCGGCUGUGUUGAAAUCGAGCCGGAUCCGAGUGAGAUACCUGGAGUCACUGCUGCACCAAGAGGUUGCGUUCUUCGAUACUGAAGCAAACACGGGAAGCAUCGUUAAUCACAUAGCCAGUGAUAUACUUCUAGUUCAAGAUGCGAUGGGCGAGAAGGUACCUCAAGUUGUAGACAGACUCGCAGAAUAA